AUGUCAUAUCUUCUCAAGGAAUGCAUUGCUCUCUUGCAGUUGUACGCCUCCUCCAGAUUGAAGCUGAAGCAAAUCCAUGCCUUCUCAAUCAGACAUGGCGUCACAGUAUCAAAUCCAGACAUGGGCAAGCACCUCAUCUUCACCAUUGUGUCCCUCUCAGCUCCCAUGUCUUAUGCCCAGCACAUAUUUUCACAAAUCCAGGAUCCCAACAUUUUCACAUGGAAUACAAUGAUUAGAGGCUAUGCUGAGAGUGAGAAUCCAAGGCCAGCUGUUGAACUGUACCGCCAAAUGCAUGUGUCCUCCAUGGAACCUGACACGCACACAUACCCGUUUCUUCUAAAGGCUGUAGCUAAGUUGAGUGCAGUUAGAGAGGGAGAAAAGAUACAUGCUAUUGCUGUAAGAAAUGGGUUUGAGUCAUUGGUUUUUGUUCAGAACUCAUUGGUUCAUAUGUAUGCUGCUUGUGGGCAUGCUGAGAAUGCGCACAGGAUGUUUGAGUUAACGCCUGAAAAAGAUCUUGUUGCUUGGAAUUCUGUGAUUAAUGGGUUCGCUCUUAAUGGGAUGCCCAAUGAGGCUCUGACCCUUUUCAGGGAAAUGGGUUUGGAGGAUGUUCAGCCAGAUGGGUUCACUAUGGUAAGUUUGUUGUCUGCUUGUGCUGAGCUUGGAGCUUUGGCAUUGGGUAGGAGGGUCCAUGUUUAUAUGCUGAAGCUUGGUUUGAAUACGAACGUGCAUGCUAAUAAUGCCCUUUUGGACCUCUAUGCAAAGUGUGGGAGCAUUAGAGAGUCACAAAAGUUGUUUCAUGAGAUGGAGAAAAGGAACGUAGUUUCUUGGACUUCUUUGACAGUCGGGUUGGCUGUUAAUGGGUUCGGCAAGGAAGCGCUUGAGCUUUUCAAGGAGUUGGAAAGAGAGGGUUUGGUGCCAAGUGAGAUUACUUUUGUUGGGGUGUUGUAUGCUUGUAGCCAUUGUGGAAUGGUGGAUGAGGGGUUUAAUUAUUUUAACAGGAUGAAAGAGGAAUAUGGCAUUGUGCCUAGGAUAGAACACUACGGCUGCAUGGUUGAUUUGUUGGGUAGGUCAGGCAAGGUGAAAGAAGCAUAUGAGUAUAUUCAAAACAUGCCAUUGCAGCCUAAUGCCAUUGUUUGGAGGACCUUGUUGGGAGCAUGCACAAUUCAUGGAAAUUUGGCUCUUGGGGAGGUUGCAAGAGCCCAUCUCCGACAAUUGGAGCCUGGAAAUAGUGGGGAUUACGUGCUCCUCUCAAAUCUUUAUGCAGCAGAGCGUCAGUGGUCAGAUGUGCAAAAGGAGAGGAACACAAUGCUUGCAGAAGGGGUUAGGAAAACUCCUGGGUAUAGCCUUGUUGAAUUAGGGAAUAAGGUUUACGAAUUUACCAUGGGUGACAGGUCUCAGCCUCAAAGUGAGGAUAUAUAUGUGAUGCUAGCAGAGAUCACAAAAUUGUUGAAAUUGGAAGGUUAUGUGCCUCAAACAGCAAAUGUGCUUGCAGACAUAGAGGAGGAGGAAAAGGAGAAUGCUUUGUCUUAUCAUAGUGAGAAAAUUGCAAUUGCUUUUAUGCUCAUUAAUACAGCAGCAGGAACCCCAAUUAGGGUGGUGAAGAAUUUGAGAGUGUGUGCUGAUUGUCAUUUGGCGAUUAAACUCAUAUCAAAGAUUUUUAAGCGAGAGAUUGUUAUGAGGGAUCGCAGCCGGUUUCACCAUUUCAGAGAUGGUUAUUGUUCUUGUAGAGAUUACUGGUAAUUUGUGGAAUAAUUGGUGACUCUUUGGUUAAAUUCGUUUGACAGAGGUAUGCAUUCAUAUAAAAGAGAUCUAUCAACUAACAUGUUGCAAUU